AUGAGAUAAUGGUAAAUUAAAUCGUAAAUAUUAAUGUUACAAAUUGUUGUAAAUUUGUUUGUGGCUAUUUUGGUAACGGGAUAUUUAUUAUUUGUUCAAAAUUUGUUAAUAAAGUAAUAAGAAUAAGAACAAAGGAAAAUGCUUUUAUAAAGAAUUGAAAUUUUAACUUCAGAAGCUUUAGCCUUAUAUUCUAGAAGCGUUGAAUUUGUAAACUAUUAAAGCUAACAAUCUAUAAGAUCAAUAUAAGAGAUUUUUUUAACAAUGUAAAAAAAUAACAUUUACUCCAAGGAAAAUAGUGGAAUUUGUGAAUAUUUUAAGAAAGAAACCAAUUAAUUUUGUUACUUAAUACCUAAUUAAACAAGUUAAUCGAAUAUUAAAGACUAUUAAACAUUAACAAAUUUGUUGGAUUCUUUGAAACAUUAGAUACCAGUUGAAAAACUUUAUUUUGUUUCAAAUUAAGAUGAUUAGUAUUUUUCAAUAUAUCCAACCUUUGUAUUAAAGAAUUAUUUUCCUCAUUCAAGACCUUGGUAUAAGAAUCAUUAACUUCAAUAAAACACUAGUUUGUAUAUUUUAAGUGAUCCAUAUAUAUCAAUGUUUAGUGGAGUUAUGUUUACAGAAACAACUACCCUAAAUGAUUUAUACUUUAAAUAAAAAGGUGUAAUUGGACAUGAUUAUAAUAUGAGUUCUUUCUCAGUUUUUAAUUUUUCAAUUGAUGGAGUUAAAAUAUCAUUAAUAGAUAUGGUUGGACGUUUACUUAUAAGUUCUUAUUAUAAGAAUUUUUCAUUAGAGUUUAAAUUUCUCCAAAAUGAGAGUUUAACAGGAUUGAAUCAAUCCAAUUUUGAUGAAAUUUUAAAGUAUACAUUAUCAAAAAAUUAUUUGACUUAAUGUUUACCUGAACUAAAAUAAACUCUUUGUAUUGAAAAAAAUGAAACAUAUCAUCAAUUAAUUAGGACGAAAAAAUUAAAUAAACAAAUUCUUAUUUUAUAGAUUGAUGAAGAUGUCUAUUAAUAAAGACUUAGUUAACUCAUCAUUUAAAUGGAAUCUAUUGUGUAUUAAUAUUUAAUCUUUCAACUCUAUUUUGGUCUAGGAUCAGUUUUUUCAAUAAUAUUAAUGAAUUAUAUAACAUAAGGUUUUAUAUCUCGACCUUUAGAAAAACUCAAAAUUUUAAUUGAUUAAAAGUAGCAGUAUGGAAAAGUUUCUUAAAUCAUAUUAAAAAAUAGAUAAAUUAGAAAUGUUAGUUGGAUUGAGUAACUAGAAUAAAAGAUUAAUGAAAUUUAUUAAUUUUAAAAUUCUAGGAAAAAAAAUAAUGAAGAGCUUAUAUCAAUUUAAAACAUCUAAUACCCUUUAAAAAUAUGGAAAUAUCCUUAAACAAAUGAGUUAAUUUAGCUUUUGCCUAAUAAAGCCCAAAAUUAUUAGUUUUGGAAUUUAAGUAUGAUAUGUUAAAAUAUACAGAAAAAAAAUAAUAGAUCUUAUUUAUGA